AUGUGGCAUGGAAGUUGUGGAGGCAGGGACUCUUGGUCUUCUUCGACAUUAGUUCCAGAAACUAUAAGCCAGUUAUUUACUAUUAUACACUUGUACCUCCUCAUCUGUAAACAAAUAUCUACGUGUUUGCUAAUUUUUCUAUACCCCGAUGCCAACCAAGUUUGCCAAAAGGAAAAAGCAAAGGAUAUUGCAAUGGAUCAUAACAACCAAAGUAAUAUUGUAUUCUAUGCGAAAUACCGCUAUGACUAUAUAUUCGAAUGUUUCUCUCAGAUGGUUCUUCACUGUCAUCACUUUCAACCCAUAAGGCUGCUACUUGAGAUGAUUCUGGUUCACCUGGAAUGUUAUUCCAAAGGGCCCGACGCGGGGGUUGAGUGUCUUAUUCAGAGUUUCUUUAGCCUAAACUACCAAAAGCAGAUUAAACUACUAAGUUACCCAAAGAUCUAA